ACGGGGUACUCGCAGGCCAGCUACUACACCUCGCUGGGGCUCUUCGUGCUCUCCGUGCCGGGGCUCUGGUCGCUCAUCAAGCGCUCCGUCAAGUCCAAGAUUGUGCAGAAGACCUUCGUCAGGGAGGAAGGGCAGCCGACGGCGCCGAGCCUGGUGGCAGGGGAGAUCCUCUCCUUCUUCACGCGCAACAGCUUCGCCGUCUCCGACCGCGGCGAGGUCAUCACCUUCGAGGGCUCAAUGACACCAAGCAGUGCUCAGGCAGCACUGCUGACCUUCUGCACUGUCAUUAGCCUGGGGAGCGUCGGGCUUGUUCUGUCGAUCGCAGUCCCAGAAGGCGGCAACAACUGGUUCUGGCUUAUGACCUUAAGCCCCUUGGCGGGAGUGUACUACUGGACAAAAGCAUCGAGGAAAGAGGAGAUCAAGGUGAAGAUGGUCUUGUCCGACGACGGGAACAACGUAUCCGAGAUUCUGGUGCGGGGCGACGAUGUGCAGGUCGAGCAGAUGAGGAGGGAGCUCAAGAUGAGCGAGAAGGGGAUGAUAUACGUGAAGGGGAUAUUCGAGACAUGACCAAUAGCUUUGAUGUCUGGAGUAUAGUGACCAAACAAGCAGUUCAAACCAGGCUUUCCUGCAACGCGAUGCAAAGUGAAGGUGAGAGAGGAGUUAGGGUGGGUUUCAGUAUCCACGGGCAAAUCUGUGUCUUGGCUUCGAGAAAAAGAGAUGGUUUUUGUCGGGAUUUCGGUAUGGCUCCUAGGUCCAAUUGAUCCCAGUAUCUGUACCAUGUUUGUAUAUCAGCUACAACUAAUGAAUUACACUCACAAUGAUA